GGCACAGACUGCACCCACCACUACUACUAAUACCUGCCUACACCACGCCUGUGAUACACACCUGUGUAUGAGGUACGCACCUGUGAGGGUCGUUCCCACGCACUCAUGCACGCGACUACGCCCGCAUGGAGACGCAGCGAAGCGACAGAUGACAACACUGAUUCGACACACGUAACACACGCGACAUUCUGCUGACUGUAGUAACUCGCGACAGAGGAAGCAGAGACAUCUCUGGCACACUUAUACUGGCAUCACACUCCGUGGUUUACUCGUGGAUACGACGCCGGCCUGGUGGCGGCAUUCACAGGAAAGAAUCUCACAAUGCUCAUCAAGUUCCACUCUACUCUGAUCUUGAUACUUCUCCUGGCUGCGAGGGAAGCAGCCUGUUGGAAAUGUCCGACACAAUGUGACUGUGGCCUCACUCCAGAUGGGAGGCUACGGGCUAUGUGUACCAAGGGAGGAAUGGACAGAAUACCACCUGAUCUUGAUCCGCAGACGCGAAUCCUCGUUGUCUCGGGCCCCGCCGACCGCCCCAACAACAUCCACGGCAUCCCGCGCGGCACCUUCUCCGGCCUGCAGGCCCUCGACGAGGUCCACAUCACCAACAGCAACAUCCGCGGCAUCGACGUCGACGGCUUCCAGGGUCUGUACCGCUGCGGCACGCUCAACCUCACCGACAACGCGAUCACGCUGAUCACCGACGACCGGCUAGCGGGGAUGCCGUUCCUGCGGCGGCUCGUGCUGCGGGGGAACGCCGUGAAGGAGAUCGCGUCCGGCACGUUCGGCGCGUUCAACAAGCUGCAGUACCUCGACAUGUCGAGCAACGUCAUCGACUCGUGGGCGCCGAGGCUGUUCGCGAACCUCACCAACCUGCGCGUGCUGAUCUUGGACGACAAUCCAUUAGGGACGUUCGACAAGAACGUGUUCAUCGACACGCCGACGCUGCAGCAUCUCUCCGCCGCCGGCUGCGCGAUCCGCAGCGUCGACGACGACAGCUUCUCCUUCAUCGGCCGCCUCCUCCACCUCAACCUCGCCGACAACCUCAUCCAACGAGUGCAGACGCGCCUCCUCUCCGGCUUCCUCCAGCUGAAGACGCUGAACCUCGACGGGAAUCAAAUCGGGGUCGUAGAGGAGGGGGCGUUCGGCGGGCUCUACCUCGAGUACCUCGGCCUCUCGCGCAACAAGAUGAGCUACGUCUUCGACGGGACGCAUCAGCAGCAGCAGCAGCAGCAGUCUCCGUUCAAGGGACUCGUCGCCAAGCGUCUCUCGCUCGCGUCCAACGAGCUCGCGUCGGUCGCCGCGGCAAUGCUCGUUCCGCUGGCGCCCUCUCUCGAGUAUCUCGACCUCAGCGGGAAUCCCCUCUCGCUCGCUCAGCUUCCCGCGUCGAUCGCCGGCCUCAACGAGCUGCGCGCGCUCAACCUCACCGCGUGCGGAUUCACCGCCUUCCCGCCGGACGCGUUGCCGCGGUUACCCCGCCUCCGCCAACUCACGCUCGACGGCAACCUCCUGCGGGAGUUCCCCGCGGCGCUGCUGCGCGAGCGAUUCUCGCGUCGCCACGACAACGCCGCGCUCGACCUGCGCGCGAACCGCCUCGAGAGCAUCGACGAGGAGGUCGUCGCCGACGCGCUGCGAGGGGGCGCCACCAUCGCGCUCGACGGCAAUCCGUGGCGGUGCUCGUGCGAGCUGCGGCCGCUGCACGCGUGGGUGCGCCGCGCGCCGACAGCCGGCGACUGCCGCGUGCGUCCGAGCGCGAUCGCGUGCCUGCGCUGCGCGUCGCCGCCGGAGCUACGCGGCAAGUACGUCCGCGCGCUCAACGACAGCGUCAUUGCGCCGUGUCCGCCGCUGCCGCCGGCCGCCGAGGGGCUGAGCGGCGGCGGCAAAGCCGCCAUCGCCAUCGUCAUCAUCCUGCUGGUCCUGAUCAUCGUCGCCGUGGCGCUGUACCUGCUCUGGCGGCGCCGCCUCAUCAAUUACAACACGAAGGAGGACGAGAAGGAGAACAAGACCGAAGUCGAGAAGGGAUUCGACAACCUGACGUUGGUGAUGGAGGACGAACUGCCGGAGCCGCCGGGAGGAAAGCAGAAGCAACAGGCCGACGCCGCGGAAGAAACCACCCCCGCGGCGAAAAGCGAGGCGAACGAAAACGAAUCGUCGAAAACGAAGGACGAUUCCGCGGAUGCUGUCACAGAUGAAAAUAACGUGAAGAAGCCAUCAGAUGCAGAAGGCUCUUCUGUAUGA